UUGACUUUUACGUUUGUUUUAAAAUGUCUGCGCCCAUAGAAAUUUAAUGUUUGCUGUGUCAAAAAAAUCAACUUAUGAACUAGAUCUACAGUUGGGGAUAGAUCUAUAAAGAGUCGCUUAUUAAGAGACAAGCCUUGUGUCUGAGAAAAACAAGACGUACGACAUGUUGCCAGUUGUGAGAAGGUUUUCUACAGCUCCUUUACGCGGCUUGAGCUCUUCAUUAAAAGAUGCAAAUACCAAAGCUCUAAUAGAUAAGAUUGUCAGAGUGGACCAUGCAGGAGAGUUUGGAGCUGACAGAAUAUAUGCAGGGCAACUUGCUGUCUUGGGAAAAUCUGAAGUCGGUCCUCUCAUAAAUGAAAUGUGGGAAGAAGAAAAAGUACACAGAAAAACAUUUGAAAAGUUGAUGGCAGAUAACAGAGUCCGCCCUUCAGCUCUGCUACCCUUCUGGAACAUCGCAGGCUUUGCUCUAGGUGCAGGCACAGCUCUGUUGGGGAAAGAAGCUGCAAUGGCCUGUACAGUAGCUGUAGAGGAUGUCAUAGGAGACCAUUACAACAGCCAGAUCAGACAACUUGUUGAGGACAACCCAGAGAAACACAAGGAACUAUUAGAGAUUGUUAAAAAGUUUCGAGAUGAAGAACUUCACCACCAUGACGUUGGACUGGAAAAUGAUGCAGAAAAGGCCCCAUUUUACAAAGCAUUGACUGAAGCUAUCAAGAUUGGCUGCAAGGGUGCAAUUUGGAUAUCAGAAAAAAUAUAAUUCCGUACAGGCUUACAGAGAGGCAUGCAAGCCCACGGACUUACCAGUUGUGUAAAUACAUAUUAAAAUAUGGUUUCUUUUUAAUUUGUCAAUAAUAAAUAAAAUGAAUGAUAGAAACAAUUUCAAAAUGUGUACAACUUUAUUAUUUGUAACAAGAAAUUGAUAAACACCAUUUAAUGAAGACACCCACAGUCUUAAGUUGAACCUCUGGUUAGUGUUACAAAGUUUCCAGUUUACAUUUGUUUUAUUUGCCAUGUGCACUCAAAUCUUUCCAUCACUAACCAGACUAGCUAACAAAAUCAAUUUUCAUCCAGUCCCAAUCUAUAAGUAAUUAAUUAAAUCUACAAGCCAUAGUUUUCAUAAAUUAAAAAAAAAACCUUUCAUAUCCUAUUCACAAAAGUCACUCUUAAAUAUCACAUGUUCAUCAUUCACAAACUUCAACAUUUUCCUUAGUCGUAAUUACAUUGUAAUUAUCCAGCUUGGGGGACACAAUCACUGCCUUUCUUAAUACUUUGUGUGUAUUAUAAAGUAAUGAGUUCACUAACAUCAAAGCAAGAUUAAACACUUACGCUAAAAUGAAGUAUGGUAAACAAAUAUUGUGAAUAUUUUUUGACAUGCAAUAAAUUAAAAA